GAACCGGGCACCUCAAACACGGCCAAGAUCGAAAUGGUCAACCUCCUGAAUCUUCUUGUAAAAACACACGAUCCCCUGUGUUUUGCCAAUUUACAGGACUUAAUUAACAAGGUAUGUCUCAGCAUCGCCUUUCUGUCAAAAACAUUUCCUCUGCCUCACGAUUCCAGAGAUGACCUGAAGUCUAUCUUCCCUGCGCUUAUGAUCCAACUGAAGGCCACUAAUUCUGACCUUGAACUAAAAGAGAAGGCCGUUUCCAGUGUUUCGGUGUAUUUGAACUAUCUUGGUGACCGUCUUCCGCAACCAGAUCUGAAGGAGUGCCUCAACGUCCUCCUUUCUCGUCUAAAAAAUGAGAGUACGCGUCUCGUCACUGUGCGGGCCAUAAACAAAAUUUGCACGGCUCAGUUAAAUAUCGACUUGACAGACUUCUUGAAGGAGACGGUAGUCGAACUGUCGAACUGCCUCAACAAGAGAGACAGGAUACUGCGAAUUGCGGCUCUGCGCUGCUUGACGGCUAUAUGUGAACACUUUCCUCCCAUUGUCCUUCAAAAUGCCUGUUUAGGCACCAUUCUCACCUGCUUGCCACAACUCAUCUCCGAUCAUGACCUUCAGACAUCUCAGGACACCCGUGCCCCCAUCGUUAACCGAUAUCUCAAUAUCCUCGUCCUCGGCGAGUUAGGACGCCGAAUGUGA